AUGGCUUCGAAAAUCGUAGAAAGCUGUACACUGAGCGAUGGACGACGUGUUAUUGUAGAUGCGGAUGGUAAUGUCGCAGUAACAAUCGGUAGUCUACCCAAAUCGACUAGCCAUACAAAAAGAAGGGAGAGGAAAUCCGUUGAUAGCAGUGAAAAGCAAACGAAAUCUGUGCAGGAGCUAUCAAGACAUGUAGUUAGAGCGCUUGCCACAACGCAUACAGAUAUACAUCCUACGCCAUCCGUCGAUUAUCUCCUCAGCGAAUGCGAGAAGGCUGUACAGCAAGGCGAAGACGUAGAAGCGAUUUUAGAACGUCUCAGACGAAAACAAGGCAAAAAUGAGUUACCAGGCGCCUGGACUGAACUUUCUACCUCUUGUUGA